GUUGACAGCUUGUUGUUGUCAUUUAUGGCCCUUGUCACUAAUGUCACUUUAAAAAAUAGCUUGAUUUUCGAUUCAUUUUGAAAUAAAUAUUCUAUCAUUAGUAUUAUUGGAGAAUAUGGCAGAUGUAUUAGAUAUUAACGAUGCAGUGGACAUUGAUGUAGAAGAUGAAGGUGAACAGAGCGUUCUUAGAUUAAAAGACAAAGUUGUCAGCCGCAAAGGCCGUGGUUUCGGUCCCGGUGAAGGAAGACAACACGAAAAAAUAAGAGGCUACGAAUCUAUAGAAGCAGGAGAUCGAGAUCAUGGAGAUGAACCUGGCCCGCAAAAAUCAGUGGAAGGCUGGAUACUGUUCGUUACUUCCGUACACGAGGAAGCUACGGAAGAAGAUUUGAGCAAGAAGUUUUCCGAAUAUGGAACAAUUAAGAAUAUCAGCAUCAAUUUAGAUCGUCGUACAGGUUUUCUGAAAGGAUAUGCUUUAAUAGAAUACGGAAGUUAUGGAGAAGCUUCGGUUGCUAGAGAAGCACUUAAUGGAUCAUCCUUGUUGGGUCAAACUGUUGGUGUAGAUUGGUGCUUUGUAAAGGGGCCAAAGAAGACAAAAAAGCGAAGCAAACGACAUUAAUUUUUGUAUUUAAAUUACUAUUUUUAAGUACUACAGUAUGUGUUUAUAAUAAAAUUCAUUAUUUCUCAUCAUUGGUGUUUUUAUUUAAUAAGAAUUGGAAUAAUUGGAUCUUUU